UGCCAGAAAAUACGUUCUCAAAAACCGCAAUGCAAUUCUCAGAUAUAUUAUAAUCCCGGCUUUCUGUUUUAGUCGCUUAUAUGUCGCGGGAAACCAUCGAAACACGUGUUCUGUGAUAUAUUCGUAAUUGUAUCUGUUAAAACCACUGCCUGCCUUAAUUUUAUUGUGUUCAUAUGUGCCCAAAUACAUAGACGUGCUAGAGCGUCGCUUGUAUUUAUUAUGUAAUGCGCAUCCAACUUACUGCAUUAAAAUUUAUUGCAUUAUUCCACGAUCCGAUCGAAGGUGCACGUUUUGAUCCGAAGCAGAUUCUUAAUUUUGAUAUACUCAACAGUAUUGAUGCAACCGGACGUUCGGAUCGCUGGAUCUCAAUUGCACGGUAAUGGCAUUAAUUAAUGAUACUCGUAAUCCGAUCAUGAACUUGCGUUCGCCAUUCGUGGAUUCUGGACGAAUGCUCUGAUCAGAAGGCUGACAAAAUCUGGGUUCUACUGGAUGGACGCUAGUUAGAUUGCGACGCGUAUAGCGAUGCAUGGAAUUACAGUUCGAGCGGUGGAACUGCUGGUGUGCCAGAAAUUUGGCGAAGAUGCAUGGGAAAGAAUGAAAGUGGCAGCGGGACUAAAAAUUUCCGGAAAUUUUCUUGUGACCGAAUAUUAUUCGGACAUCGUUACGUACAGACUAGUGGAUGCUGCAGAGGAGAUUUUAGGCGUUUCAUCCGAGCAGUUUUGGGAAGUUCUGGGGGAAUAUUUCUUCGACUACGUUGUCGAAUAUGGCUACAGCCGCUUAUUGUCCGUCCUUGGCGAAACGCCAGUGGAAUUUUUGGAAAAUCUCGAUACGCUCCAUUGUGCCUUAGGAAGGGUUUAUCCCAUCCGACCACCAUUAUUUCGGUGUGAGACCCGCAAAAAUGGCAUGUAUCUGCUGCAUUAUUACUCCAAACGCCGCAACAUGGAAUAUUACAUGAUGGGCCUGUUACGCCGCACCCUGGACGUCCUUUACAAGACAAAGAUCGAGCUGGUCCUCUUGGAGAAGAAUGAGCAUGAAGAUCACUGCACGUUUUCCAUUUCCUUUAGUAAGACCGGAAGUCCCAAUCCCGGGAGCAUCCAGGAGGCUGUCAGUGCACCGCUGCAGCCACCUGACAGUCUUAUGCCGUCAGCCCGUAUUUCUCCUUCCACUUUCGCCGCACUCUGUCCAUUCUACCUCAUCUUCACCCGUGAUCUGGUCAUCAAGGAAUGCGGCCGCUCCAUCCUGCUGGCACUUCCGGCUCUCGUGGAUGCCGCCCAUCGGCUGGAUCAGACAGCGCGCUUAGUGCGCCCCUGGCUGCCGCUGACGUUCAACAACAUUGUUGAGCAUCAGAAUUCCGUGUUUUUGUUGGAUUUCGACUGUCAGACGGCGGGCGGCGUCAAAGAGCGAUCACUUAAGCUGAACGGGCAAAUGCUGUAUCUGCCGGCUAAUGACACCAUGCUCUUUAUAUCGUCACCCUAUAUUACGUCAUUGGAGGAUCUUAGCGCCAAGGGCUAUUCACUAAGCGAUGUACCGUUGCACGAUGCCAAAAGGGAAUUUAUUUUGGCGUCGGAAAACUUUGCCCUUGAACAUAAAAUUAUUUCCCAGCUUGAGGAUUUGACACAGCGACUGCAGCAGACAACAAAACAAGUGCAGGACGAGAAAAAGAAAACCGAUAAGUUAAUUUAUGCAAUUCUACCACCGGCUGUAGCGCAGAGUUUGCGCAGCGGAUCGUCUGUGAAUUCCCAAAGGUAUGAUUCCGUUACAAUCCUCUUCAGCGGCGUUGUGGAUUUCGAUAAAUUUUGCUUAUCGAAAACUGGCCAAACGGGAGCCAUGGAAGUCGUACGAUUGUUAAACCAACUCUACACGGAAUUUGAUGCGCUGCUAGACACGAAAAAUAAUCCAAACUUGUAUAAGGUGGAGACUGUCAUGGAUAAAUAUAUGGUGGUCAGUGGUGCACCAAACGUACUUCCGCCAAGUGCUCAUGCGGAAGAGAUUGUCCUUUUGGCCAUGAAAAUGCGACGAUGUUUGCGGGGUUUGACUAUUGAUUCGAAAGGAACAACCGUCCGUGUUACGAUUGGUAUACAUUCUGGGGAAAUUGUAACAGGUGUUAUUGGAAAUCGGAUGCCAAGAUACUGUCUCUUCGGAGACACCGUUAACAUGGCUAGUCGCUUUCAAACUACCGGGAAAGAAGGCAUGAUCAAUAUUUCUCAAGAGACUGUGAAAUGUCUGGACGAUGGUUCUGGCCGUUUGGGAUACGCUCGAUUAGAAGCUGCUGGCAAAGUUUACUUAAAAGGAAAGAAGGAGCCCGUAAAACUAUGGAUCCUCCAUGAAAGUCUGACUUCCGCUGCAGUGGAUCGUAUAAGAAAAAGAUCAAUGUUCUGCGAACUGUUGUGAAGUCGUUAUGACGUACCUACGAUGUGUAUGGCUUCGCAUUGCUAGUCUCGCUUACUUUCAAUUUAUUCGCGUCCAAGAGAUGCAGAAAUCUAGAUUUGUGUAUCUAGAACAUUGCGCUGAAUUUUUUGGACAAAAGAUGUAUUUUUCCAUA